GAUAUUAAGGGCGUUCCUAAUAUGCGAGCGACCGGUUGGAUUUCAAUGCGUGAAUACAUUUGAGAAAACGGAAGGCGUCCCCCUCGCGUUCUUCGCUCUUGUCAGCCUUAAACGAAGAGAAUUUCAACUCUAUUCCGGAUUUCGUCGACCAUGUGGUUGGCGGUUCUGUGCGGUUUAGUCAUCUACAAAUUGUUCAAAUGCUUCUUCUAUGACGAUGACACCAUGGACCUUGAAUACUCUGAUACCAAUGCUCUUUUCUCGGUUGCUGAUAGACUUAAAAAGCUUUAUGGAGGAAAUGUGUAUGUGGGGCUAAGAAUUCCGGAUGCUGAUACUGGCUCCCGACAGAGCAUAGAUAUAGUUCUGGUGACAAAAGGAGAGCUAGUAGUGGUUUCUGUCAAGAACUUUUCAGGACUUGUGUCAGUGAGCACUGGUGGUAAUUGGGUAUGUGAAAGUCCAGGAAGACAUAGAGCAAAGCAUCACCCUGAUCCUGCUGUUGAAGCCAGAAAGCAAGCGUCUGUUCUUGAAUCAUAUCUUGGACAAAGAGGAGUUGCUCUUCCUGAAGGAUACAUAACUUGUAAAGUUAUACUCCCAAAUCCUAAACUAUGUAUGUUCUCAGAAAGCAGUUUUCCGUCUGAAGUUAUUACUUAUGAACAAUGGGUACAACUAAAGCCGGCAUCAAAGAGUAUGUUAUCUAGCUGGAUGAAGAGUGCCUUUCGUGCUGAGAAGAAAGAGAUGCAAGAAUCUGUGCAUCAGAAUCUUGACUUUAUCCUUAGCACGGCUCCAAUUUGGGAUAGGUUAGAACUGAAAGGAAAUAAAUAUAUACUGGGGGAGUUCCUAGAAUUUAAGGGCAAGCAAGAAGAUGUCCAAGCUUUGAGGAAUAUCAGAAGAUCGAAAGUUUCGCGUAUGGCAAUCCAACGAACAAGCAUGUUUGGACUAGCGCCUUCGAGGCUCCAAGUUUUGUUUGCUGAGCGUGACUAUAGAAGUGAAGGAGGAUCAGCGUUAGAAUGGAAAGAAGUAAAUGUAAGAUCAAGUACUGAGGUCUUAUUUCAGCCUGAAAGUUCUUCAAAAAUCCGCAAAAUUAAGCUUGCUUCUAUUAUAUCUCUCACUCUUAGCGCUUGAAAUGGCCCAAACACCAUCGUCUAAAGAUGAAGUUAAGAAUCUGUGAAGUUGAAUGCAACAUAUGGAUGCCAUAUAUAGUUUUAAGUGUUUUGAAUUAAACUUGACCAACUCCACUUUCAAAGGAUCCAUUCUCCCCAAAUUAUCUGUGUCUGUAUCCAGCUUUAAGGAUGCAACUAGUGGUUAUUGCAUGUUAUGGUCUGUAUUUGUUUCAAGUAUAGUGAUAAUGAGAGGAAUUGUUAAAAGGAAUGAAGCAUUAUGUUAACAGAUUGUGCAACAAUUCAUCGAUACAUUUCUGCCUCGUCUUUUCCUA